CGGCGGCCUCCGUCCAGAGGUGGGCACGGAAGGAGGUCCACGGGCUGGAGUCUCAGAACCUGGCUCCGGGACGUGGAUGGAGAUGGAGUUCGAUUGCGAGGGUCUCAGACGGCUACUGGGCAAGUACAAGUUCAGAGAUCUCACUGUGGAAGAACUAAAGAAUGUAAAUAUGUUUUUCCCACAUUUCAGAUAUUCUAUGGACACCUAUGUGUUCAAAGAUAGUUCCCAGAAAGACCUGCUGAAUUUGACUGGCACUAUUCCUGUGAUGUAUCAGGGUAAUACAUAUAACAUACCAAUUCGUUUGUGGAUUUUGGAUUCCCACCCUUUUGCUCCCCCCAUUUGCUUCUUAAAGCCAACUGCAAAUAUGGGAAUCUCAGUUGGAAAACAUGUGGAUGCUCAAGGCAGAAUAUACUUGCCCUAUCUUCAAAACUGGAGCCAUCCUAAAUCUGUCAUUGUUGGACUAAUUAAAGAAAUGAUUGCCAAGUUUCAAGAGGAACUUCCCCUGUAUUCUCUACCAUCAUCUGAUGAGGCACGGCAGGUAGACUUGCUGGCCUAUAUUGCAAAAAUCACUGAAGGUGUCUCAGACAUAAAUUCAAAGAACUGGGUAAAUCACGAGCAUAAAACAGUCAAUAAAAUUACUGUGGUUGGAGGUGGAGAACUAGGUAUUGCCUGUACAUUAGCAAUCUCAGCAAAGGGCAUUGCAGACAGACUGGUCCUCUUGGACCUCUCAGAAGAAACAAAAGGAGGGGUGAUGGACCUUGACAUCUUUAGCCUGCCUAAUGUGGAGAUCAGCAAAGAUUUGUCUGCCUCUGCUCAUUCCAAGGUGGUGAUCUUCACGGUCAACUCUUUGGGUAGUUCUCAGUCCUACCUGGAUGUGGUACAAAGCAAUGUGGAUAUGUUCAGAGCCCUUGUCCCAGCUCUGGGACAUUAUAGUCAACAUGGUGUCCUGCUCGUUGCAUCUCAACCAGUGGAAAUCAUGACAUAUGUAACAUGGAAACUGAGUGCAUUUCCUGUAAAUCGAGUGAUCGGAAUUGGAUGUAAUCUGGAUUCACAGAGAUUACAAUAUAUUAUUACAAAUGUCUUGAAGGCACAGAUGUCAGGAAAACAAGUAUGGGUUAUUGGUGAGCAGGGAGAAGACAAAGUGCCCACAUGGGGUGGCCAAGAAGAAGUAAUGAGUCCUAACUCUCAGGUGCAGUUGUCCAACAGAGCCAUGGAACUGUUACGGGUAAAAGGCCAAAGAUCCUGGUCUGUUGGACUAUCGGUAGCUGACCUGGUUGACAGUAUUGUAAGCAAUAAAAAGAAAGUACAUUCUGUAUCAAUUUUAGCAAAGGGAUAUUAUGGCAUAAACAGUGAAGUGUUCUUAAGUUUGCCUUGCAUCGUUGGAACCAGUGGCGUAUCAGAAGUCAUCCAAAGCACAGUGAAGGAAGAUACAGUGACCAAGAAACUCCAAAGCAGUGCAUCAUCAAUCCAUGGUCUCCAACAACAGUUAAAACUUUGAUUCUAAAGUUCAGUUACCGGAAGGGAAAGGUCAUUUAAUUUGGCCAACAUAUAUAGGGUUAAGAAUUUCUGUAUCUUAUUACUUAUCCUUACAAACUGCUUGGUUAAGGUGGAUGGUUUCCAGUUAGCUUUGUAAUUUGAAUCCUUAGGGAGUAUGGGGGGGAGAUCUAGUUUUCUGUGUUGCUCUUGAGCUAUCUAAACUGUUCUUUAAACCUCCAGCAGAAGUAGACAUUCAUCUACAAUAUGCAUCAUUUAAAUUUAUGGAUCCUCAACUAAAAGCACAUUCAGCACUUUGGGAAUAUUUUGAAAGCAAUAUAUUUUUAAAAGAAAAAUGACUCCCUGACUGUUAUAAUAAACAUGAUAAGCUGAACGUCCAGUAUUGAUUUACAGAAUCUGUGCUAGGUGUACUUUCAAAAGAUCCCCAGCCUAAGGUAUUGUUUCUUCUUUAAAAUGUAAUUGGUAGUAAUGGGAAAGCAUUUUGUUUCCCCUCUUCAAAUUAAUUAGCUACCAAAAAAAAAAAGAAUUUUAUGUGCCCUUUCAAGUAGUAAAAGAGCAAGUGAAAUUUUUUAAUAUUGAAGAAAAAGUGUAGUUAAAUUUCCAGUGAGACUGCCCUUUCUGAAAUUUUUUAUAACCCUUUCUUGGGCUAUAUAAUAGAUCUCCAACAUCUCAAAAGUCCACUAUACUAUUAGUAUCAUAAAGAAAUGUAUAUUUUUAGUGGAAAUAGAUUAUGAAAAAAAGAAAGCCAAGCAAUUUACCUUAAAGCUAAAAUAUGAGGCUUUCUUAAAAACCAUUAGUCUUAAGGAGAAGAGGUUGGAUGGACUGGCUGUUCUGAGCAAAUCUUUUAACCACUCCUGAAGAAAUGAUUCAGAGUACAUAUGCCUUUAUGGGUCAAUAACAAUAUCUUCAUAUGUGAAAGAUAUCAUAUUAUUACAGAUGUGACACACAACUAGUAGUAACAGCUAACGCUGACCCUUCUGUUUCAGGCAGGCUGAUGAGCACUUUAUUAUUUUAUUGAAUCCUGAAAAUCAUCCACUGCAGUAGGUUCUAUCAUUUUAUAGAGGAGAAAACUGAGGUUUAGUGCCCAGGUGUCACGGCCCAGGGGCACUUAUCCACACAGCCUCUUCUUUUUCUAAGCAGUAGAAGGAAGAAAAAGCCUAAGAGCCAAAAUAGUAAGCACAAGACCAUAAAGCUGGAGUUCUGUACACUACAGAAGGAUUACUUCUAUUCUCAUGUAGGGGCUGACUUUCUGUGUUAUCCCAAUAUAGUUUUUUGAAAGAUGGAUUCCCUGACUUCCCAGACUUGCCCUCAGCAAAUAGUAAAGAGGAGUAUGCACUGAGAUAGGUGUUUAUUUAUUUAUUCAGUCACAGGGUACUGACUGAAAGCGUACAGUACACCAGGCACUGUACUGGGCACUGCAGAUACAGUGGUGGGCCAAACGGGACUAGGCACAGCCCUCACUGUCCGUACAGCCUAGUAUGGGAGACAUCGUAAUCAAAUCUCACAAAUAAAAGUACAAUUCCAAGUAUAAUAAGUACUGCAAAGUUGUCCCAGUUGCUCUUAAAGCAUGUAACAGGCAAAUCCAAAUCUCGUCAGAGAGCUAGGAGCCAGGUGGUUUGUAAGGGCAGACACAUCCCUGGUUAGUACUUGGAUGGGAGAAACGGUGAAACUAAUGCCGAUUUAGUAUAAUAAUAAUGGAUGCUUAUAACGAGCUUAAAUCAUAAAGUGAAAUAUUGUGUCCCAUGUUUGAGAAAGUAUAAAGUAUUUAAUACAUUUGGAAAGAUUCCCCGUGAGAAUUACCUGGGCUAAAAAAUAAAAACCUUGGGCAUUUGAAGAGAUAUGUAUUAGUUCUGUGUAAGUUCACUACAUUGGGUAGAUUAUUUUGGUGUUACUCUUAACAAUGUAUCCUCACUUUCCUGUUCCAUGAAAUAGGGAAGUAAAACUGAAAGAACCAUUUCUUGUGUUUUUUAAACUGGCCUUUUCUAAUAUCUGUGAUCUAAUUAGAAAUUAGAUAAUUUCUACUAAUUUCUAAUAUGCUCUUGAAUUAAUAACUUUACUGCAAGACAUUGUGUAAUAGAUGAAUUACCAAGAGUUCAUUAUAUUAAUUAUAAAUGAAGGUCAAUGAAUGCAAUACAACAAAUACUUAGUGAGCAUCUACUGUUACUCCAAAUACUGUGUUAGAAUAUAAGUAUUCAAAGUUGAGUAAUUGUCCUUGCCCUGCAGAAGCCCACCAUAUAGAAAUAAUUGUCAGUUAUUUCCUUAAGUGUUGAGUAUUACCAAUCAUGUUGGUUCCAUAUGUAAGUCAAGAAGCAGUACCACCACUACCUCACUAUGAUUUGGUGGUAAUUGCCUUUCACGGUUCUUUUAACUUUCACUGUUUCAUUUUUCCAAAAUCAUGCAUUGUCUCUUCUUAUGAUUUUUAGUGGGGCUUGGAUUAAAAUGCUUUGAUUUUGUAGUGCAGAGAUAAAUACUUGAUAUUCCAAUUUAUGCUGUAGCUUUCCUUAAGUAUCAAGAACAAUGAGUAAAAUAAACUUUGACUUUAA